AUGUUUCGAAAGUGGUUCGCGGACAACUUCAAGCACCGGCGAAAGUGGUCCUUUGGUUUCGGUAGGAGAUCUUCGGUUCUUGAAGUGUUGGGAAGGCAGAAAAUUAGACAGGAACAGUAUGCUGCACUUCUAGCGUGUAUUGAUUAUUUGGAGGAAAACAUCGGAGUGUAUGGACUUUUCAUGACGGGGGGAAGUGUAUCGCAUAUGAGAAAGAUAUUGGAGAAAAUAAAACAAGGUUGUCCAAGCAUCCUGCCGUACCUCCGCACGAUGCAUGCACCUCGGGAGUGUGCCUACGCCUUCCACCACUUCCUCACCUCAUACCGAGUGCAGGUCCUACCAGCACGUUGCACAAACGUGGUCCGUGGCAAUAUUGCCGGCGUGCCGAGGCGAUUGAUCGCUCUCGACGUGCUUAAUCUGCUGCGCGAAGAGUUCGACGAUACCCGGCUACACUUUGCCAUCCGCUACCUGCAGCUGAUGCGUCGCUUCUGUCUGUACGGUUUUGUGCGGCCGACGGAAAUGCGUACAAUUAUCGCACCGGUUCUGGCGUUGCCGAAAAUUUUCCCCGAACCGGACGCACCCAGCAAUCUGGUCGAGAAAUCGAUGAUACUUUUGGAGCUGAUUCUGCACGCUAACCUCCUUGGCGACCCCGCCGCCCUGGCAGGGGAGUUGCAGCGCGCCUGUGUACAGUUUCGAGCGACCCCCGCCAAAAAACGGCAACCAUAA